UGUAUUUUGACUGAUCGCUGGUGUUCGUGAAACUGAUUUGAGUCUAAGUCAGUGAAUUGUGUUUUGGUGAUGUGAUGGUUGUUCCCUUAUGCAGCUGCGUAGAUGAACUGCAAAAAUGGCAGCCAGGAGUGAGAUGCAGUUUGAAAAGUUAAUUGAUGAAGUUACAAGAAAAAAAGAUUUCCGAUUAUUAGAACAGUUUGUGGCAGCAGAAGACUGUGAAAAUGCCUCUCACAAAUGCAGCAACCAGUUUGUCAACAAAUUAGACAAGCUUCUCUGUUGGGAACUUGACAAACAAGAAGUCAAAACUAUUUCCACUUUACUAAAUUCUGUUCAGAAAUGUUGGAACAAAAUCAGCAUAGCAGGAGAAGAUGGGGUCCCAGCAAUGAUAAAACAUGGCUUUAUUGGAAGGAUGGUUAAUUGGUUUGAAAAGGUAAAAAGAAUUUUGAUCCGUGGAGGAAAUGAAAAGAAUGAAAUGCUUACAAAUCUGGCUGAAGAUUUCUUCAACAUGUUGCUGGCUAUAUGUGAUAGCAGACCUGAAGGUAAAAUGCAAAUACUAGAAAACUUUGUUGUGAGAACAUGUACACUCAUCACUGACGUAAGAAUUAAUAUUUAUGUUCAGCAGGAGGUAGUAAGAAAACUGAAUUUAAUGCUUGACAACACGCCUCGAGAUGUCAGGAAAAAAAUAUUUGCUACAAAGGAAAUGUUGCUUGUCAUGAGUGACAUGGGGAGCAGAAUUUUGGAUGCUGGAGACUAUGACCUGCAAGUAGCCAUUACAGAAGCUUUAUGCAGAAUGGUAUCAGAGAAACAAAGACGAGAACUGGCAUGCAAGUGGUUUCCCAUGGAGUUUGUGUCCACUGCAUUUAAAGGAAUUAAAGAUUCUGAGUUUGAAACAGAUUGCAGAAAAUUUCUUAACCAGGUGAAUGGCAUGCUUGGAGACAAAAGAAGGGUUUUUACAUAUCCGUGUUUAUCAGCAGCUCUUGGUGAAUAUGAGCUACAAAUACCAAUGGAUGAAAAUCUUGAAGAAUUUUGGAUUGAUUUUAAUGUUGGUAGCAGAAGUAUAUCAUUCUAUGUGGCAGCAGAUGAUGCAGAUCAUCAGUGGGAAACAGUUGUUAUACCCGAAGAAGAGGUAGCCCUAUACAGCCUUGAAGAAAAAGAUUCAAAGAAAUUAUUAACAAUAGAUCUAAAAAGACCAAUGAAUGUGGGUAAUCAAGAAGGAGAUAUAUUUUUUUUAUAUUUUGAUUAUAUCUUGGACAUCAAAGAUGUAACCAGAAAGAUUUAUGGAUUUAGUAAGUGUAAGGACUUUAGUAAGAAGCAGUCUGCAUCAGUUGCCAAAACAACUGUACAUGUCAUUUUUGAUGAAAGAGGAUCACAGGUUCUGGUACCAGAAAGUCAGUUGUUGCCACAUUUAGAAGAAGAGGAGCAACUCAGUAAGUACAAAAUCCAGCAACUUCCUGGAACUUUGAGGACUCCGAAGAAAAAUCACAUUCAAGAAAAAUGCAGAGGUCGUUCCUCCGAGAGAACUACAUCUUGUAAAAGGAAAGUGUCUGAAGCAUCUGUGUUUAUUCCUGGAACUACAAGAUUUUCCACAAGGAGUCCACUGGUAUUUGCUAGCAUGUCCACUCCUUGUAAAGGACGAUUUAAAUUACCUUUGGAAAUGAUGAGCUCUGCUGGAAGGUCUAAUAAUGCAAUGAAUGAGACCAGAACAAAGAGUUUCUAUCAAGAACCUACUGGACAAAGGUGUGCUGAAGAAGUUUUAGAAAUUAUGCAAGAGGCAGAAAUUGCAGCCACACAAAAGCAAACUUUAGAUGAAGCGUCAGAGAUUGUUCCUGAUUCUCAGCCAGCAGGGAGAAGCAGCAAACCUCUGCUGUCUGGUCUUUUGGAGAGUUCCUUUGAUAAAACCAAAACAUGGAAAAAAAGAGCAUGCUCUGUUCCUGAGAAGAAUGUAACAAUUGGUGACAAGCAAAAGCUAAAUUCAUCAUUGGCACGUGCAUCCCAUCCAGCUAGAGUGUCGGAAACAUCUUUGACUUACGAUUUUACAAAAGAGGAACCUGAUGCUCUCUUUAAGGAGGCUGCACAUCCAAAACAAUCAAAGAUGAAAGCAAAGUCUGAAGAAAUGACAGAUGCAGCAAAAUCACUGAUCAGUAAAAUCAGUGACAGAUACAAAGGAAAGACUGAUGAGAAAAGCAAAGCAGGAGACUCUUUGGGUAUUAACAGGCCACAUUUAAAUAAAUCCUCUGUCUCUAAGGGAGAAGUUCGGGAUAGAAGCCUGAAAAGUACUACUUUUCUUAAUGUAACUGCUGGUCAUAUUGUGGAUGAUGUCUACAACUUUAACAUCAGUGUGUUUGAUGAGCCUACAAUAAAGCUUGGAAUCCAAGAAUUGCACGUUACUGAACUGAGUGUUCGUACAGAUCCGAACAAAAAAGGGAGUGCAAAUGACAGUAAAACUAGCACUGAAGUGACAGGAAGAAAAAAAACUAGAAACAAUCGAAACAAGAAGCAUCUCUUUAGUGAUGCAGAUACAGAAUAUGGAGGUGAUGAGAGCAAGACAGACAUUAGUUGGCUACAGGAAGCAAAUAAAAAAUCUAAAGCCCGGUUAAUUGAUUACAGUAGAAAUAAAAACUUAAAGAAACCAAUAAGGACAGGCAAAACAGAUAAAUUAUCUGAACCUGCUUGCCGUGUGGAUAAAUGUAAAGGCAAAAAUGCAAAUAAGGAAAAGAUAAACAAACGUAAAGAACAGAAUCUAAAAACUGAUGAAACGAUAGAAAAAAACACCAGGCAAAAACUACCUCGAAGAGCAGCAUUAGCAAAAAAUUACAAAGAGCCUUCCAGUUCAGAGCCAGGGAGUGAAUGGGAAUUUUCAGCACACAGGUCUGAGGAGAAAUCAAAAGUACAGAAGCAUAUGAAUGAGGAAAACAAGGAUGAUAAUCAGCAAAAGAAAUUCCAGAAUAUUGUAUCUAUGGAGCCAAAGACAGUCGCUAACUAUGAACAUAAAACAUUUAUUAAAUCAAAGAAUUCUGCAGAGCCACAAAAGGAAAUUGAAGUGCCUUCAUUUGAGAGUCCUGCAUCUCUUGAGAUAAUGAGAUGUUCUGAAGGAAUAUCAGAAGGAGACAUUACUCAGGAGCAUACUUACAGUGAAGUAUCACCUGAUCUUCGGGAGUCAACACCAGAAAAAAGGGAAAUGUUAAACUUUGAGAAAGGAGUCUCUCCCGAUAACUUCUCUCCACAAAAAAAUAAUAUUGAAAGUAUAUGUCUAAAUCAGUCCCCUGAGGUGACUGUUAAAAAGUUAACAUUUGGAAAUAAAAGUUUAUCACCAGUUUUAACUGAAGCAUCUUUGCUUAGCUUAGCGACAUACAAAACUGUCAGUGGAAAACAUGCAAAGGGAUCUGUAUCUGAACCAUGUGAUAAUAAUGAAGAUUCAAGUUUCAAGCAUUGCUUUUCAGACCUACUUUCUAUUAAAGGAAAACUACAAGCUAUCACUAAACCUAUCACCAAAAGUAAAGAAGAGGAUUGUGUACCACCAUCUCCAUUAUCCGUUUGCAGUAGAAGUAAAGCACAGACUUGGAGUGAAGAACCUGACGACCCCAUACACGAGUCAGGAUCGAGUAUACAGACAUUUCUGAAACGAAGGUACCACAGUGAUACAGAAGGCAGUUCAGAUGAAGCAGAAACAAGCAAAGAGGAGGAAAAGAAAGGACUCAGAGGAACAAAGUUACAGCCUAGAAAAUUAUCUAAAUCAGGUGAUACUGUUACAGAAGUUGUGUCUGAAAGCAUAUCGACUGUAUCUGUAAAUGAUAUGUCUGGUUUGGAUGGGGAAAUCUGGGAACCUGGUUCUUCAACUAUCAGGAUAUGUCAGAAACUCCAGAAAGAACUUACCAAGAAAAUUGAGAGUCGCUCACAGAAAAUGGAUCAUUUUACUAAGCAAUCACUACGAGCUGCCCAUGAGCAUUUGACAACAAUGAGUUACCAGCUCCAUGAAUGCAGGAUCAGGCAGCUGGACAAAUUUCAGUUUACUCUCCUUGAGGAACUUGAGAAUUUUGAAAAAGAUUCUCAGUCCCUGAAAAACAUGGAAAAAGAAUUCUCGACUUUUUGGAAAAAACAUACACAUACUUUUAGUAUGUACAUGAAAAAUGAGCAACAGAGAGUUCAGAUUCUUAAAACUUCAUUUGAAAAUAACAUCUACCAUACUGUUGACUAUGAAGAACGUGUUUUUACUUCACAGAUGCAUCUGAUGAAAGAAGAUGUAAAAGGACUCCAAGAGAAACUUCUUAAAGAAAUGCAAGAAGAGGAACUGUGUAAUGUUCGCAGAGGAUUGGAGGCACUGUUUCGAUAAGAUGGAAUUCUGAAGUAAUAUUUUCAGGUACCUUCCUGAAAUUAAAGGUUAAUAUAAAUACUCUUUUAUAAUGUAAAAUUUGACAACUUUUUUUUUUUAACACUCAAGGAAACUAUUGUAAUGAAAGCAUAUUUUAUUUAGUGAUACUAAAAUCUUUGUGGCUAAGACUUUUCCUUUUAUAUGUGAGAUUUGAAAUUAUUUUACUGAAUCUGCUAAAAUGCAAUAUGUAUAUUUUUUGAUUUUUUGCAUAUGCUAUUUUUUAAGAAGUCUUUAACUAGGCUUGUUCACUGACUUUCAGAGAAAUCACUUUGAAUUUCACUUUGAAUCUAUGUUUGGGGUCUGUGUGUACAGAAUACCCCUUUUGUCUGAUCCCAAAUACUGUCCAGAAUUAUUUAGGGAUCAAAUCACCUGAUUUGAUCUCAGUCCUGUUUGUCUGUGGUGUGUGUUAGACUUCAACAGGAGUUUCUAAGAGCAAACUAAACACUUGUGGUUGAACUACGUUGCAAAUAUUUGUAUUAAAUAUUUCAAGAAAAAUAUAUAUUGUCUGUCUUUUAUUUUACAAAAUGUCAUCACUGUUUUGUUUCAAAUCAGUAAAACCUAUUUGCACAUCAGUCAAAUAAAACUUACUGCUGCGCAAAUAUUUCAUUUAAGACAACAGAUAGCAAGAGGGCCUGCUAUCUGUAGCUCAGAAAUACAUCCUGCAUACUAAUACAAUCUAUUUCAUAUACUUGGAUUUCAGAUUUCCUAAGAAAAUGACCAGUGAGUCAUAAUUUACACUUCUGCUUUGUUGCUGUGUAUCAACUAUAGUUUCUUCUGAAUGUUUAUGAUGUGCAACUUCUAAGCUAAUAUUUCUCUUAAUUUGUUUUUAAAUUAAACAAAAACCUACCUUGCAUCUUAUAGUUCGUUAGCAACAUUUUAAUCCUUAACUUGCAAUCCUGCAUGUAAAUACUGUAAACUUUAAAGGCUGAGAACAAUACCUUUUAAUAUUUUUCAUUUAACUUAUUUUUAAAAAUGGGGAUUAAAAGCUUACAGCUGAUCAACAAGUAACAGAUGUAGAGAGUAACUCGUAGAACGUGUGUAUCUUGGAGCUUGUCUGCGUUUCCACAUGCAGAGCUGCCUUUUUACCAUGGAACUGAUUCCAAAUGAACACUGCCAGUUCAUUCAGCGCAGCACUAAUGCAGCUUCCCAGCUUCUGGAGCAAGGCUGAGGAGGGUACAUGCUUGUCUGAUGUUAUGACCACAGAGGUUUCAGAAGAAUGUAGUAGCCAGUUUUGGGGUAACAGCUCUUCACAGCUUAGUUACUUUAUAGCACUUGUUUUACAUUCUGUUAUACCUCUUAUUCUGUGCUUUGGUUGUCUUUAACAUCAUACACAUUUCUCUAUUUUUUCUUCCAUUAUUCUCUCUGCCCUGUGAACUCUUUGCUUUUCCUCAGUUUCCUCACUAUUAUAUUCCUAAUACUGCUGUUAUCAACAGAGGGACCUUUACUUACAGUAGCUUUCUUUAAUCUAAUUUUUUCUCAUAUUACUGAAACCACUGUUUAUUGCUCAAACUCUUCAUUAUUUUCAUUCCAGCUAGUUCUGAAUGCAGCUAUUGUGCUAUAUGGCUAUUACUGUCAUGUAUUGUUUUUUGAAAAGUCUAAUGGACUGGCUUUCAUCAUUUUAAGUUGUUGGCUGUUACUUAGGUCUCAUGUUGGUUUAAUUUCCUUCAAACCCACCAAUCAUUUUUUCAAAGUACUUAUCAGUACAGGUUCCCUGCUGAACCUCACCACUAUCUGCAUCUUUGGUACUUAACCAGUUUCCUUUGAUUAACUCUUCGUUGGCCCACACAGUGUCUGGCCUAUGAGUAUUUCAUAUAUCUGUGAAGUUACUCUUCAUUAUUUCUGACAGUCCUCAGACAUUUCAUAAAGUUUAUUUUCAGAGAGGAAAAAUGGCAUGAUUUAAAAUUGAAUUUUAAGGUAAAGUUAAGGUAGAAAACUCUUUGAAAGAGGUCCUUGAAGAAAAUGGGAAAAUCUAUUGUUUUCUGAAUUAUUUCUUUAUAUUAAUAAUGUCUUUACAUUAAAGAAAAAAAGAGAAGUCCACACUCAUAGAUUGUAGCCUGAACUCAGCACUCACCAAGCAAACUACUGUAAUUUCAAAGUUUGCCUCAGUCAGAGCAGGGGUGGGACCCAACGGCUUUGGGAAAGGACCUGGAUUCUUACCAACCUGAAUUAUUCUAUGAAUUUAGGAAAAAGAUUGCUUUUAUUCUUGUUGAAAAUACAAUCUUUAAAAAUCAGGUUCUUAGAUCAGAAAUGGGUGUGAUAGAUGCCUAUCCAGUGUGCAUUGAGAGUAGAAUGCAGAGUAAUCGGUGUUCUUAGCCUUCAUUGAUAGGAAAUGGUUUAUUGUAAGCAUAAGGAGUUGUAAAUGAAAUAUAUUUCUAAUUGAUUAUAAAAAUAUAAGGCUGUGUCGUGUCUGGAAAUCAUUGUGUUGAAAUUGCCAGUAAAUAAUUUGGUCAAUUCAUCCCAUCUACGUAAGCGUACUUAAUGCUUUUGUAAUUUUUCUGAGCCUCUGAGUGGGUUUUGUUGAGCUUGCGAUCACUGUCGUCUCCACUAGAUGGACCUCAUGAGAUGUUAAACUUUUAAGUGGUCCAAUUUAAUUUUAUUCGGAUGCAAAACAGUAUUUUUCUCUUAACUGCACAAGGUUUUAAAAAGUGCACUGCAAAGCCCGAAUUAUUUUCUAAGGUGAGUGCAUAUUGGAAAAAUAAUAAAACUUCUAUUUUUAGUGAGGACUCAUGAUAAAGUAGAAGUAUGAAAUUUCACUGUCCAAUCUCAACCUCACCCCAUCAACUUCGAAAACCUUUGAGCAGGUACAACCAAAUUUAACAAAUGUAAAAAUGUGAAGCCUAUCACCAGGGAGUAUUCACACAGGCAAACAUCAGCACAGGGUGAUUGCUUUUUGGGGCAGGGAAGAAGUGAAGUAUAUUGCUGCAUAACUACAAGGUGGUUAAGUCACAUUAGUAAUACAGCUCAUAGGCAUUGUCUGAAAUUUAAAAAGCUGCUAAGUCACCUUUAAAAUGUUUUCCUGUUUAUUAUAUUUUUCAACAUAAUUUUAACAUGGUUUAUAUAAUAUUUUUAUUACCAGUGAAAGUAUUGCAUUGCUGCUAGAUAGGAGUGUUACUUUCAUGGUUUAUUAGCCAAGUUUGUAGUUACAUGUCAUCUACUGUUCUGAAACUUAAAAUGGUUCUUCUGCUGAAGAAACUUUUCUCCUUUCUGUUUAUCCUUUUUUGUAUAUUAUACCUGGACUAUCAUUAUAUUGUUGUUUAGAAUUAAUAGUAUUUUAUUAAUAAUAAAAGUAAAAUGAUUGAUAAAUAUAAUAGUAUGUUAAAAGGCUAGUUAUAAUGUUACAUAUUUCUGUGAAAAGCCAGAAAUUUGUAAUUCAGCAGGUUAUAAAAUAUCAAUAAAUAGGAAAAAAGUCUUUGGAUAGGAAGUAAUCAGGUAAUUCAAGUCUUCAACUAAUAGGUCACAUAAUUUUUUGAACGUUAGAAAGUUGUACAAAAUUAGAGCUAGCUACAACAAAGCUAGCAAGCUUCGUUGGUCCUGGGCACCACAUCUCCCAUGAUUCCUCUGUUUCUUCUAGCAUUGCCCUUUCUGACAUACAUUUUAAGCGUUGCACUGUAUGUUCUUACUUUCCAUUCAUAAGCGUUAGUUUAUCCAACAAAUGGCACUAUAUUUGUUGUUUCAUCCCCACACUGAGCAGCAGAAGAGAAUUGAAAGUUAGUCCAGCCACUCUGCAUCGAUUCUAUUCGCCACCUUGCAGCAAUUUAAUAAUAGCCUAUACAAUUCUACAUACCCUAUUUUGUUUAUUGGUUUUGUGCCUCAUGGAGAUCAUCUCAAUGAAGCUACAAGAUCGAGAGUGCCUUUUUCAUGGUGUUAACAUUCAACGACUUCCUAAGAGGAUAGCAUUUAAGACUUCUGGAGAAAUUUUUGUCUUGUGUGUGUCCCAUUUUGUUGCUAUCUUGUCAGGCAGGCUUUCUAGCUAUUAGUUGUUAUUUUUGUUUCCUGAUUUUCAUUUUAGUAAUAAUUUGAGCAGAAUUCUCAGAUACUUCUAGAUGUUGAGCAUUAUUAGAAUGUCUGGCUUUACAUUUUUCUCAACCAGUUCUAUUUGCUCUGUUAUUAGCAUUUAGUAACCUUUUUCUUCUUACUGUCAAGAAAGCAUUAGAUUAUUUGUUUGCUAAACAUCAAAGUACAUUGUUACACUUCUGUCUAUAGUUGUCCAAUUUAAGUAAUUUUGAAUGAGAAUAAUAGUGAACUCCAUUGUCAUUCUUCAGAGUGCCAGAACCUCAACUUACGUAGAAUGACAAUCAUGUUAUGCUGGUUAGGAUCUGGUCUAAA